AUGGUUCCGACGCGAGGCCAACCAGUGGGUUCUGAAUGGCUACCGGCCCAUCUCGGGCUCGGUGCGCGCUUCCUUGCGCAGUUGGUCAUACCUGCACAACGAGUCGGUCAACAUCUACUCCCACCUCAUCCCGGCCGUCGUCUUCUUGCUUGGCGAGUGGUUCAUGCAGCAGUACCUUGCCGGCAGAUACGGGGGCGGUGUUUCUGCCGCCGACUUUGCUGCCUUUUCCGUCUUCAUGCUGACGGCUGUCGCGUGCCUAUCGUUGUCGACGAUGUACCAUACCUUACUGAACCAUUCCCAACACGUCGAGCGUUUAUGCCUGCGACUGGACAUGCUGGGCGUAGUAGUUUUUAUACUCGGCGACCUUUUCUUAGGAAUAUACAUGGUUUUCUGGUGUGA